CAGGGAGCUGCUGUCCCUUUACUACCCCAGAGGGCAUCUGCUCCUGUCCUGGGGCUCUCGAGGAUUUCGAGGCUGUCCUGGAAGCUGUAUUUCAGCUGUCUAAAGACAACUUCACACCUAUAUAAUGUAACAAAAAAGGUCAGAAAACAUUAAGCAAAUAGAAGUGUGGAACCUGUUAAGCAAGAUGAACAUCUCUGGAAGCAGUUGUGGAAGCCCGAAUUCUGCAGAUAUAUCUAAUGACUUUAAGGAACUUUGGACAAAACUAAAAGAAUAUCAUGAUAAAGAAGUACAAGGUUUACAAGUAAAAGUAACUAAACUGAAAAAGGAACGAAUUUUAGAUGCACAAAGACUGGAAGAAUUCUUCACCAAAAAUCAGCAACUGAGAGAGCAACAGAAAGUCCUUCAUGAAACCAUUAAAGUUUUAGAAGAUCGGUUAAGAGCAGGAUUAUGUGAUCGCUGUGCCGUAACUGAAGAACAUAUGCGGAAAAAGCAGCAAGAAUUUGAAAAUAUCCGACAGCAGAAUCUUAAACUUAUUACAGAACUUAUGAAUGAAAAGAAUUCUCUUCAGGAAGAAAAUAAAAAGCUUUCUGAACAACUGCAGCAAAAGAUUGAGAAGGAUCAACAGCAUCAAGCAGCUGAACUUGCAUCUGAGGAAAAUGUUAUUCCAGGUUCACCAAUAACAGCCUUCUCAUUUUCUGGCAUUAACCGGCUACGAAGAAAGGAGAAUCUCCAUGUCCGAUACAUGGAAAAAGCACAGAAUAAACAGGAGUAUUCUGUUUGUACAAAUGGUAAAGAAUUAAGAAAAAUCUCCAAGACUUCAACUCACCCUCCACAUAAGCCUAAUGAAAGUGAAAUUCUAGUAGCUGACACUUGUGAUCAAAGUCAAGCUCCAGUGACUAAAACACGUGGAACAAGCAGUUAUUCCACUGAUAAAUCAUCUUUUAAUUUGGCUACAGUUGUUGCUGAAACACUUGGACUUAGUGUUCAAGAAGAAUCUGAAUCUCAAGCUCCCCUGAGCCCUCUUGGUGAUGAGCUCUACCACUGUUUGGAAGGAGAUCAUAAGAAACAGCCUUUUGAGGAAUCUGCAAGAAAUAAUGAAGAUAGUUUAAGAUUUUCAGAUUCUACUUCAAAGACUCCUCAAGAAGAAUUAACUACUCGGGUGUCAUCUCCUGUAUUUGGAGCUACUUCUAAUGUGAAAAGUAGUUUGUGUUUGAAUACAGGUUUAUCCCCUUCUCUUUUAGACACUGGGAAAAAAAAUCAUCUGAAAACAGUCCCUUUUAGUAACACUUCUAUUUCUAGAUCAGAGAAACCUAGAUCAAAAUCUGAAGAUAGUGCCCUUUUUACACAUAAUCUUGGGUCUGAAGUAAACAAGGUCAUUUGCCAGUCAUCUUCUAAUAGACAGAUACUUAUAAAUAAAAAUAUAAGUGAAUCCAUAGGUAAAAUGGAUGACACUGAUCACAUUAAAGAUAUUACUGAUAAACAUUUGGUGCCCCUGAAAUCUUUGGAAGGCAGAACAUCCAAAAGGAAGAAAACUGAGGAAGAAAAUGAGCAUGAAGUAAGCUGCCCACAAGCCUCUUUUGAUAAAGAAAAUGCUUUUCCAUUUCCAAUGGAUAGUCAGUUUUCUGUGCAUGGAGACAAUAUGAUGGAUAAACCUCUGGAUCUCUCUGAUCGGUUUUCAGCUAUUCAGCGUCAAGAGAAAAGCCAAGCAAAGGAGACCUUUAAAAACAGAUUUAAGCAAGUGACUCUUUAUGAGGCUUUUAAGCCCAUUCCGAAAGGUUCUUCCUCAGGCCAUAAGGCCUUGGAUGGGAGCCGAAUAUUACCCAAAGAUUCUUCAGAGGAGCCCUGUUUACAGGAGUGCAUCCUCCAGUCCUUGAAUAAAUCCUCACCAGACAACAAAACACCAUUACAGAUAAAAGAAGAAAAUCCUGUAUUCAAAAUCCCUCUAUGUCCACGUGAAAGUUUGGAGACCGAAAAUCUUUUUGAUGACAUGAAGGGUGCUGGUUCUCAUGAGCCAAUAAAAAUUAAAACCCAGCCGGUCCAAGGAGCAUGUGAACUUGCAUCAGUCCUUCAGUUAAAUCCCUGUAGAAUUGCUAAGACAAAGUCUCUGCAAAACAACCAAGAUGCAUCCUUUGAAAAUAUCCAGUGGAGUAUAGAUCCAGGAGCAGACCUUUCUCAGUAUAAAAUGGAUGUUACUGUAAUAGAUACAAAGGAUGGCAGUCAGUCAAGAUUAGGAGGAGAGACAGUAGACAUGGACUGUACAUUGGUCAGUGAAACCGUGCUUUUAAAAAUGAAGAAGCAAGAACAAAAAGGAGAAAAAAGUCCAAAUGGAGAAAAUAAAAUGAACGAUAGCUUGGAAGAUAUGUUUGAUCAGACAACACAUGAAGAAUACAAAUCUUGUUUGACAGAUAAUUUCUCCCAGAUGGAAGAUGAAGAGGAGGAAUUGUCUGCUGCCACAAAGAAACCAAAUACACAUGUUGAUAAACAAGAUAAAGUCAAGCAGAGAGCAUUUGUGGAGCCAUAUUUUAAAGAUGAGCAGAGAGAGACUAGCUUACAAAAUUUCCCUCAUAUUGAGGUAGUUCGGAAGAAAGAAGAGAGAAGAAAGUUGCUUGGACACACAUGUAAAGAAUGUGAAAUUUAUUAUGCAGAUAUGCCAGCAGAAGAACGAGAGAAGAAGUUAGCUGCCUGCUCAAGACACCGAUUUCGCUACAUUCCACCCAACACACCAGAGAAUUUCUGGGAAGUUGGUUUUCCUUCCACACAGACUUGUAUGGAAAGAGGUUACAUUAAGGAAGAUCUUGAUCUUUGUCCUCGUCCAAAAAGACGGCAGCCUUACAACGCAAUGUUUUCUCCAAAAGGCAAGGAGCAGAAGACAUAGAUUUUGAAGCGAAAACAGAAGGAUAGAGAAAAGUUUUUCCCCUAUUAGUUAUUUAUAGUUAAGUUGGUAUUAAACAUUGAUUUUUUGAUCUUUUGUAAAUUGAUUUAUAAAUCAUUUUUCUAUUAAAAAUGUUUCUAAAUAU